GGGAGGGAGGGAGGAGCGACAGGGAGAGGAGUCAUUAAUAAUUUACCACCAGAGGCGCCACCGAGCGCUGACCUUCAGUGGGUCAUUUGGGGGGUGAGAGGGAGAGAAAGUGAGAGGGGGAGGUUGAUGUUGGGAAAAUGUAGCGGCGCAACGUCUGUUGGUGUCCAGAGGAAAUGUCCACAUAGAGAGAAAGGACGAACAGGAGCCACAGACUCGCUUCAACAACCCUCAGCCACAGGGGCCGGUUGAUUAGUUGAUUACACUUUUGAUUUUAUGUGGACUGAUUUUUUUAAAAAAAUAAUAAGAAACAAAAAUGAUGCAAACCAAGGAUAUCCGUGUUCUGGUCCUAAACGAUAUGGAAAAGCUUGAAAAGACACUUUUUCGACUACAACAAGGACAUGAACUGCAGUUUCACCUUGGGCCAUCCUUACAGGGGAAAGAUAUUCAAUUGUAUACUAACUAUCCAAUUCGUGCCGAUUCUUUUAAUCGUCAUCAGUUUCAUGUACUGAAGUGGAUUAACCCAUCAGGAAAAGAUGACGAUACUGAUAAACACUGUUCAAUUAAUCUUCAAAUAUCUGGAUCAUUUCACUUCUACUUUGGCUAUGGAGACCAGCCAAGGAAUGGUGCCGGCUAUUUUGUUGUUGAUCCCGUUCUACGUGUUGGACAAGAUCGGAUUCUCGAACUGGAUUGCAUAACUUCUCAGACAUUCAUGGCAAAAUGUUUGGGCCCCUUUGAUGAAUGGUUGGACAGGCUAAGAGUUGCCAAGGAAUCAGGUUACAAUAUGUUCCACUUUACCCCACUCCAAGCGCUUGAAUCCAGAUCAGGCUAUUCCCUAGCUGACCAGUUAGAACUAAAUCCGGAUUUCUCGAGGCCUGACAAAACUUAUGACUGGAAUGAUGUUGCACAACUAGUACACAAGUUGAGGGAAGAAUGGAAUGUACUCUGUAUCACUGACGUGGUCUAUAAUCAUACAGCUGCCUCCAGCAAGUGGCUCCAGAUACACCCAGAAUGUGCAUACAAUUUGGUGAAUUCUCCACACUUGAAACCUGCCUGGCUCUUAGACCGAGCUUUAUGGCAUUUAACUUGUGACAUGGCUGAAGGAAAAUAUUACCAUAAAGACCUGCCUCCUCUUAUUGAAAAUGAUGAACAUCUUAAUAUCAUUCGUGCAAUAAUUUGGGACGAGAUUUUUCCGAAGCUAAAGCUAUGGGAAUUCUUUCAAGUGAAUAUUGACAAAACCGUCAAUGAUUUCAGAAAUCUGCUUAAUCAAGGUGUGGAUAAGAAAAGGAGAUGCGACGUCAAACACAUCCUUAAGAUUAAUCAAGAUCCUGAGUACAAGAGGCUUGGCUGCACAAUCAAUCUUACCACAGCAAUCAAAACAUUCACGCCUAAUGGUAAUAGUGUUGCUGAGAUAGACGAAUGCUGCAACUGGCUCCGUCAUAAACUGGAAGAGUUAAACGGGGAGCGCUAUGAGGAAAUGCUUAACCAUCAGAAACAAGCUGUGAACUGUAUUUUGGGGAGCGUUCUUUAUGAACGCCUGGCAGAACAUGGUCCCAAACUUGGUCCUGUGACUAAAAAGGAUCCUUUAGUUACCAGGUAUUUCACAUUCAAAUUUGGAGAAAUGUCCAUGGAACAGAUGGAACCAUUGAUGAAUCAGCCGGAUAAAGCUGCUUUUUUUAUGGCCCACAAUGGAUGGGUCAUGGGCGAUAAUCCAUUAAAAAACUUUGCUGAGCCAGGCUCAAAUGUUUACCUAAGGAGAGAACUAAUUUGUUGGGGUGAUAGUGUCAAAUUGAAGUAUGGCAAGAAUCCAGAAGACUGUCCUUAUCUUUGGGCUCACAUGCGCAAGUACACAGAAAUCACUGCCAAAAUCUUCCAUGGGGUGCGAUUAGACAACUGUCAUUCAACACCUAUACGUGCGGCUGAGUAUAUGCUGGACACGGCCAGGAGAACGCGACCUAAUUUGUAUGUAAUUGCUGAACUAUUUACUGGAAGUGAGGAGACGGAUAAUAUCUUUGUGACUAGACUCGGCAUAAGUUCCUUAAUUCGAGAGGCGAUGAGUGCCUACAACAGCCAUGAGGAGGGUAGGCUGGUCUACCGUUAUGGAGGAGAGCCAGUAGGAUCUUUUGUCCAACCAGCUGUGCGACCUCUUGUACCUAGCAUUGCUCAUGCUUUGUUUAUGGAUGUUACUCAUGAUAAUGAGUGUCCGAUUCAGCAUCGCUCUGCUUAUGAUGCUCUUCCCUCAUCAGCUAUCGUUUCUAUGGCAUGCUGUGCCACAGGAAGCACAAUGGGCUAUGAUCAUUUAGUACCACAUCAGAUAUCUGUGGUUUCGGAGGAGCGAUUUUACCCUAAAUUUAAUCCUAAAGCUGAUCCAAAAAACCCAGCAGAGGUCAGUCUGCAGAGUGGAAUCAUUGGAGGCAAGCUGGCAAUUAACAAACUUCACCAAGAACUGGGAGCUAAGGGUUUCAAUCAGGUGUAUGUGGAUCAAGUUGAUGAAGACAUAGUGGCAGUGACCCGCCAUUGCCCAAGCAAUCACCAGUCAGUAGUGACUGUAUCACGCACUGCUUUCAGAGACCCUAAAACUUCUCACUAUAAAGAAGAAAUACCUCCAAUGUGUAUCCCAGGUAAAAUAGAGGAGGUGGUGCUGGAAGCUAGAACUGUAGAAAGGAAUACUCCUGGAUACACGAAAAAUGAGAACUUUAUUAAUGGGUUACCUGAAUAUACAGUGGAAGUCACAGAACAUAUUCAGUUGAGAGAUAGCAAGAUAGUUGCUGAAGCAGAUGCAACAUCUGAGGACCACAGUGAAUGUGUCGCGGAAGUUAUAUUUCAAAACUUUUCUCCUGGAAGUACUAUUGCAUUUAGAGUGAGUCCAGAUCGAAAGGCCCAGCAUGCGGUUGGUGCCCUCCACCAUCAUUUGUCUCAGUUCUCCGCUCAUUUCAAAUCUGGCAGUAUUCCUGAUGACAAUGCACCAUCUGUGUUGAAAACUUCAUUUGCAUCAAUUGCUUCCAAACUUACACUGGCUGACCUUAACCAGGUAAUUUUCCGAUGUGACGCUGAGGAACAAGAGGAUGGAAAUGGUUGUUUCUAUGUUACAAACUGGGAAACCUUAAAAUAUGCAGGUUUACAAGGCUUCAUUUCAGCUCUUGCGGAAAUUAGACCCAAGAAUGACCUGGGCCAUCCCUUUUGUGAAAAUCUGAGGGCUGGUGAUUGGAUGAUAGACUACAUCGUUAAUCGUUUGAUCAUGCGUGGUGGUAAUUUUCAAAUGGUCGGUAAAUGGUUUGAAGCAAUAUUCAUGUACCUGAAAAAUCUUCCUCGUUACCUGAUCCCAUGCUACUUUGAUGCAAUCCUUGUGGGAGCAUACACAACUUUUCUGGCGUCAAUAUGGAUGCAUAUGUCAAGUUUUGUGCAGAAUGGUUCAACAUUUGUGAAGCAGCUUGCUCUGGGUUCACUGCAGAUGUGUGGAGUGGGACGAUUUCCUGCUCUUCCUUCACUGUCUCCUAACUUGCCGGAUGUGCCAUAUAGACUCAAUCAGAUCACCAACGAGAAGGAACAGUGCUGUGUUUCUUUAGCAGCUGGUUUGCCACAUUUUUCUGCUGGAUUGUUCCGUUGUUGGGGAAGAGACACAUUCAUUUCUCUUCGAGGUCUGCUACUCAUAACGGGACGUUUCAUAGAGGCCAGGAAUAUAAUCCUUGCAUUUGCUGCAACUCUACGCCAUGGUCUAAUGCCUAAUUUACUUGGUCAAGGAUUGUAUGCAAGGUACAACUGUAGAGAUGCUGUAUGGUGGUGGCUUCAGUGCAUUCAGGAAUACUGUAAAAUCGUUCCAAAGGGAACCGAUAUUCUUCAGUGUCCUGUGUCUCGAUUGUAUCCUGAUGAUGAGAGUCAAGCCUCACCUCCAGGAAUUGUGGAACAGCCACUCCUUGACGUAAUUCAGGAAGUUAUGGAACGUCACAUGCAAGGUAUAGAGUUCAGAGAAAGGAAUGCUGGAUAUCAAUUGGACAGACAUAUGAAAGACGAAGGUUUCAGUGUUAGUAUAGGAGUGGAUCCAACCACUGGUUUUGUAUUUGGAGGAAAUCGUCACAACUGUGGGACUUGGAUGGACAAAAUGGGAGAGAGUGAUAGAGCUCAGAAUAGAGGAAUUCCAGCUACACCAAGAGAUGGGUCUCCUAUUGAAAUUGUAGGCCUCAGUAAAUCAGCUAUUCGUUGGCUGAUAGAACUCCACAAAAGCAAUCUGUACCCUUACAGUGGAGUCAAAGCAGAUAUAAAUGAAACCACGCAUUGGGUUAGUUAUGAAGAAUGGAACAAAAAAAUACAGCAAAACUUUGAGAAAAAGUUCUACAUUAUUGAUGAUCCAUCUGAUCCUGAUGAAAAGCAUCCCGAUUUGGUCCAUAAACGGGCCAUAUAUAAAGACGUUUAUGGUGCUUCUAGUCCAUGGUGUGACUACCAGCUAAGACCUAAUUUCUCUAUAGCUAUGGUGGUGGCCCCUGAGCUGUUCACUCCAGAGAAAGCAUGGAGAGCUUUAAACAUUGCACAGAAGUAUCUUCUUGGCCCCCUAGGAAUGAAAACUUUAGAUCCUGAGGACAUGGUUUACUAUGGUGUGUACGAUAUGGGUCUGGAUGAUGGCAAUUUCCACGCUUCAAAAGGUUUUAAUUAUCACCAAGGACCUGAAUGGGUGUGGCCUAUUGGAUAUUUCCUACGUGCAAAAUUGAUGUUUUCCAAGAAAAUUUCAGACAAGCAGGAAGACACAAAAUAUUUAGUGAAGAACGUUCUCUCCCAUCAUUAUGUUCACCUAGAGAGAUCCCAGUGGAAAGGUAUUGUAGAGCUUACCAAUGAAAAUGGACAAUAUUGCCCUUAUAGCUGUGAAACACAAGCUUGGUCUCUCUCUUGCAUUCUGGAGGUUCUGUAUGAUCUAUGAAGACCGUCAGCAUUUUCCUGUUACCCAUUACAAUACAACAGUUUAACUGAAGAUAGUGUUUUAGUGUCCCUGCUAUGCAGUGUUAAGCUGUUGCAAUUUAACCAGAGUGCUUUGAAAUUGUAUUUAUGCAGUAAAAACAUCAGAUCACAUCACUCGGACAAGAUAAAGUUGUAACUUGAAAGUAAUACAUGACCCAUUUCCUUCCCUUGUUGCAUUAAGGUGAUUUUUUUUAAAAAAUUGUGAUAUAAAGUGAUUGUGUUCUUAACUGAUGUGAUCUUAUCUGGUUUUGUCUGAUUGUUAGCAAAGCUGGACUGAUCUGAAAACUGAUUUCAGUUGCUGAUUGUGCCUACCAAACAAUGUCUAGAUGUUCAUCUGGAACUUGAUUUGUGAAAUAUUGCAUGCCUGCUUAUUUUAAAGGUGUGCACUAUUGAGAUCCUAACUGAAUUUCAUUGCCCCAUCAACAUUGAGGUGCAUAUGAGCCAGGGUAAAUGUGAUCAAAAUUAUAGAAUGCUUAAUAUUUAGACUUUUUUUUAGAAAUGGGUAGCAACGGUGAAUAUUCUGGCUGAGAAUCGCUAAUUUUCAUACUACUGAGUUCUCUACAAGCUUAAAGGAAAAUUAAUAAAAGUUUUUCUUAAAUGCUCUGCAUGAAAUUUGCACAUUAGAAUGCUAAUUUUGCAGAUGUAUUGCAUUUGCUGUGAGAUUGUUAAUGUGUGGGAGAGGAGAGGAAAACCUUUAAAAAGGAAGCAUGAUUCUAUUCACUUAUUUGAGCCAAAGAUUUUUACAGCUCACUCGUCCUGCAAUAGUUACUGUAACCUUAAUUAAUUUAGAUAAGUUGAAAUACAAAUAAGGAGCCUACUCAUUGCAUGUAUUUUUCUAUUUCUGAACUCCAAAUUGCAUACAGUAGUUAUGAUUUUUGAUAACCCAACUACAAAUAAGAGAUUCAAAAAUCUUCAUCAUAACAUUUUCUAAUGUUGCAUUCAAGGCAAAUAAUGCUAAUAUUAAUCUUAAUUGCAGUUAUAACAUCUGGUGUUUGUAAUGUAUAAGUGAUGCACAGUGAAAUACAACUUUAUUGCACAUAAAGUUCAGGCAAACACACGAGCAACGGAGGGUAGGCAGACUGAAGAAUGCAACCCGAGUCCUCUUUCUACAAUCAACCUGCUUUUAAACUGCCAAUGCCAAGCUCAAUACUUGAAGCCAACCAUAUUUUUGUUUAAAAUGGUGUCACUUUCACCUGAAGCUGGGAAUAAUGCAGCAGCAGUCUGUUUCUGAUUGUGAAUAGUGUAAAAGGGUUACCAGGAGCUGGUUAUAAUUGCUUACAGACAUGUGUGAUUGUCUUAAGUAUUAAGUGUAUUGUCACUCACAUUGGUUUUGUGCCUAAUUUUUCAGUGUGCUUCAGGGUGCCUAAUUUAGUUUAAUUUGCCUAGUGAAGUGCAAUUGUCCAGUAUUUGAAUUCUAUACUCUUAUAGGCAUAUUAGAUCAUUGCUAUUUUAAGCAUGCACAAACCAUUGCGAUAAUCUAUUCUUGUUCACAGGGGUCUGAUCUAAUCACCAAACCCAUUUGAGCUUUAUUGUAGCAUCACCUUGGGCCUGGCUUGCUGUUUUUUUUGUUGUUGUUUCCAUCUGUAUCUUGAACUGUAAAACAAUAAAAUCUUUAACCACAUUGAAAUCA